UUUAUAGGUAGGCAUAUCAUGAAAACGGAGAAAAUCGAACGGUGUCGCCAACUGGAUGACGUCGUUUUAGCAUCCACCCAAAGACAAGGUAGAGCCGUAGAGCAUCGAAAAAUCGAAUCGCUAACAGCAGUUUCAGAGGAGGUCUAGGGUUUGCCUUCGAAUAGGAAAGGGACAAAAAGGCGGUUUCUUUGUUGUAUCUUCUGGCCUCCGAUAACCUAUACACCGAACUUCCGGCAAUGUUUUGCCGAAAUUUUCCUUGGCUUUGACGCAAAUUUGGCACUUUAACAACUAAUUGAAUGCCUGUAAUAGCACCAUGAGCGUAAAAUGGCCGAGAUUUUUGAUCCCCACGCAGCUUUCUCAGAUGAUUCGGACCCAGAAAAACCCAUUAACAGCUCUGAAAAUCUUCAACGAAGCCAAAUCUAAAUUCCCAAAUUACCGUCACAAUGGGCCUGUGUAUGCCACCAUGAUCAACGUCCUCGGGAGUUCAGGUCGAAUCGCUGAGAUGAGGGAAGUGAUCGAUCAGAUGAAACAGGACUCCUGCGAGUGCAAAGAUUCAGUCUUUUCGAGUGUGAUGAAGACAUAUGCAAGAGCUGGGAUGGUGGACGAAGCUGUGUCUCUAUUUAAAACCCUUCCGCAGUUCAAUUGCGUGAAUUGGACUGGAUCUUUCAACACCCUUCUGCGAAUUCUGGUGAAAGAGUCUAAGCUUGAAACCGCUUGCCGUCUUUUCCUAGAGCAUUCUUGUGGGUGGGAAGUGAAGUCUCGCAUUGGUUCCUUGAACUUGCUUAUGGAUGCUCUCUGUCAAAUUAAUCGUUCUGAUCUCGCAUUGCAUGUCUUCCAAGAGAUGAGGUAUCAAUGUUGUUCGCCAGAUAAAGAAAGCUAUCGAAUUCUAAUGAGAGGCUUGUGUGAAGAUGGGAGGCUCAAUGAGGCCACCCAUUUGUUGUACUCAAUGUUCUGGAGGAUCUCUCAGAAGGGUGGUGGUGAGGAUAUUGCAGCUUACAGAACCCUUUUAGAUGCUUUAUGUGAUAAUGGUCAUGUUGAAGAGGCUCUGGAAAUUCUCGGUAAGGUAUUGAAGAAGGGACUCAAAGCUCCUAAGCGAUGUCGUGGCCAUCUCGAUCUUAGCUACUGCUGUAAUGGUGAAGAUAUAGAACGAACCAAGGGUUUAAUCAAUGAAGCACUGAUCAGAGGUGGGGUUCCCAGCAUGGCUAGCUAUAGUGCCAUGGCCAUUGACCUCUACUCUGAACGCAAAAUCGGCGAGGCCAAUCAAGUGCUCGACGAAAUGCGUGAUAGGGGCUUUAAGCCCUCCCUUUCGAUUUAUGAAGCGAAGAUAGCAGCAUUAUGUAGGUGUGGCGGAGUUGAAGAAGCUGUGAAGGUAAUUAAAGAAGAGAUGGUGGAGGACAGUUGUGUUCCAACUGUUAGACUGUAUAAUAUUGUGCUGAAAGGCCUGUGUCGUGAAGGGAAAUCAGCAUUUGCAGUUGGGUAUCUGGAGAAGAUGGCUAGGCAGGUAGGUUGUGUUGCUGACAAGGAGACUUACAGCAUUUUGGUAGAUGGGCUGUGUUGUGAUGGUAGAUUUGUUGAAGCAAGUGGGAUUUUGGAGAGGAUGUUAAUUAGAUCAUCCUCGCCUGGUGUUGAGACUUACAACACACUGAUCAGGGGCCUUUGCUUGAUGGGCAGGCAAUAUGAUGCUGUGAUAUGGCUAGAAGAGAUGGUUGUCCAGGGAAAGCUGCCAGCAGUUUCGGUAUGGGAUUCGUUGGUAGCAUCUGUCUGUUCCAACAUGACUGAAGCUGGUGUUUGCUCUGAGACACUUGAGAAGCUAUGGAGUUCUUGAUGCUAUCCAUUUCUACCAAAAGUGAAACCUAGGAAAUGGACUCAAAUGUGAUAUCUCACAUUAGUCAGAAGUAGAAGUUCCAGAUGUUAUAUGUGUAGGCUUGUGUUUUUAAGUCAUGAAGAACUAUUGAGUCUACAUCGGAUAAUAUAUAUGGGAAGAAGUGAGUCGUUACAAUUGGUAUUAGAGUUUAUUCUUGGUCCUAGUGUAGACUUUAGCCCCCAGCGACCUUAUAAUCUAAUGGGAUACAAUGAAAAUGUUGUAUCUACAUGGAAAGGUGAAUGUUAUAAUCGACAUUGGUUAGGGGGAGAAGGUUUGGAGCACCUUUUCUAUAAACGACUUCAUUGCAAGAGUUGCUUAACAACAACAGAAGAAAAGGAUGAACUUAAAAGGAGUGGAAGGAAGCAAUGGUGAAACAAAGGGUUUCAUAGGGAAGGUGAGAGGAAGGAAGCUGAGAAACAUGAAUGAGGGGUACUAGGCAGACAGAGAAAGUGAUAGCACUAUUCAAAUCUCUGCAGGGAAGGAAGAGCCACAAAGAGCCAUAGCUGCAGGCAGAUACUUUCACCCCUCGUGUCACUUUGGAAGACAUCUGAAUGUAUCUUUUCUACUUCAAUGCAAAUACAGGAAAAUGCUAAGUUACCAAAUAAGUACAAUACUAAAUUUCAAAUCUUAGUUAUUAACAUGAAAAUGGAACAAA